AACUCCUCCCGUGACUACGUCACGGCUGAUGCAAAGUUGCACGUUUGGUAGAGCGGACGUAACCAGCAGCCACCUCUGCGUGUUCAUUGUCCAUCUUUUUGAAUAAGAUUAAUUAGUUUGUGCCUCAACGGAUUCGUUGUCGAACCUGGGCCGACAUGACAGAUAUAACAAAAGGUGUGGGACAAGUCUCAGUGGCUGAGAUGUACGUGUCCGACAAAUGUGGCAGCGAUCAGGAUGGCGACGGCUCUGAGCAGAAACCCUUCAAAACGACUCUCCAGGCUCUGUUGUUUGUUGGAAAGGAGCCGUUUCCAGUCAUCUACCUAGACUCACAGAAGGAGGGAGAGCGUUGGGCAGUGAUCUCUAAGACGCAGAUGAAGAAUGCAAAGAAGGCUUUUAACCGUGAGCAGAUGAAGAGCGAUGCCAAAGAUAAAAAGGAGGCAGAGGACAGCGAGAGGAGAGAGAAGAACCUGGAGGAGGCCAAGAAGAUUGUCAUUGUGAAUGACCCCAGCCUGCCCACGCCUGAAACGGUUAAAAUCGGUCAUCUGGAGGCCAAGAGAGGUCAGAGAGUGAAGGUGUUUGGAUGGGUUCAUCGCCUCAGGAGACAGGGAAAGAAUCUGAUGUUCAUCGUGCUGCGAGAUGGAACUGGUUUCCUCCAGUGUGUCCUGUCUGACCAGCUGUGCCAGUGCUACAACGGCUUGGUGUUGUCCACAGAGAGCACCGUAGCUCUGUACGGGAUCAUCACUCCAGUUCCUGAAGGGAAACAGGCGCCCGGCGGCCACGAGCUGCACUGCGACUUCUGGGAGCUGGUCGGUUUGGCUCCGGCGGGCGGAGCCGACAACCUGCUGAACGAAGAGUCGGACGUGGACGUCCAGCUGAACAACCGACACAUGCUGAUCAGAGGGGAGAACGUCUCCAAGGUCCUCCGGGUCCGGUCCACGGUCACGCAGUGCUUCAGAGACCACUUCUUUAGCCGGGGAUACUACGAGAUCACUCCGCCGACCCUGGUGCAGACUCAGGUGGAAGGCGGCUCCACGCUCUUUAACCUCAACUACUUUGGCGAGGAGGCGUACCUGACGCAGUCCUCGCAGCUCUACCUAGAGACCUGCAUCCCCGCCCUCGGCGACACCUUCUGCAUCGCCCAGUCCUACCGGGCCGAGCAGUCUCGCACCCGCAGACACCUGUCAGAGUACACCCACAUCGAGGCCGAGUGCCCCUUCAUUUCGUUUGAGGAUCUGCUGAACAGGUUGGAGGACCUGGUGUGUGAUGUGGUGGACCGAGUGUUAAAAUCUCCUGCUGCCCAGCUGCUCUACGACAUCAACCCGAACUUCAAGCCGCCCAAGAGGCCGUUCAGGAGGAUGAACUACACCGAAGCCAUCGAGUGGCUCAAAGAGCACGAUAUCAAGAAGGACGACGGGACUUACUACGAGUUUGGAGAGGACAUCCCUGAGGCUCCAGAGAGGCUGAUGACCGACUCCAUCAACGAGACCAUCCUGCUGUGUCGUUUCCCCACUGAGAUCAAAUCCUUCUACAUGCAGCGUUGUCCCGAGGACAGGCGACUCACCGAGUCGGUGGAUGUGUUGAUGCCAAACGUUGGCGAGAUCGUCGGAGGCUCCAUGCGUAUCUGGGACUCUGAAGAGCUGCUGGAGGGAUACAAGAGGGAGGGAAUCGACCCCACCCCGUACUACUGGUACACCGACCAGAGGAAAUAUGGCACAUGUCCUCACGGCGGUUACGGUCUGGGUCUGGAGCGUUUCCUCACCUGGCUGCUGAACAGACAUCACAUCCGAGACGUCUGUCUAUACCCACGAUUCAUCCAGCGCUGCAGACCUUGAACACACAAACAUACGCUCACAUUUACAGUUAGCUGAACAUAAAACAUGGCUGCGCGCUCUCUCAGCCAUUAUUACCUCUACAUAAAACAUCUGACACGUCAUAGUUUCCUCUUCUGUAGUCAGCCUAAAUUCUGCAGAUCUCACAGUGAACUCCGUGAUGUUUCACCACAAACAUUCUCCGCAUCGAUAAGUUCUGCUCGUAGCGGCUGCAAAGUUGUAUUUCUGUCCACCUUCAUUCUAAUAAAACACUUCCAGCCUUCCUGCUGUUCUCUACACAUCAGCAUCCAAAUGAAAUAUUUAGAAACGAGCCACAAAUACUAAUCUGAGUGCUUGUGGCUGAAAAUGUAAUCCUACAGGACAAGUCACUCAGAAUGAAGACGGAGAAAAUAUCAAAGUCAAAACAGUUAUUCUAAGUCACAUUUUCUGGUUCUGGGGACAUUUCAUGGUUCUGGAAAGUACUGAAAUCCGGUGGAAGAUGUGUGCAUGUGUGCAUGUGCUGUCUGUCGGGGCUUGUUUUACACAUGUCCCGUCAGCAUCAGUGUCUUACUGUUUGUUCUGCAUCUCCUUAAAAACUCAAACUGCACUAAAAUAAAACGUAUGAAAUCAUGA